AAAACUAGGUAGCCUGACGAGAGACGCUCAUCCUCCGUGUCUCCUGCUUGCACUUGCUCGCAAUGUUUUCGGAGGGACCUUCUUCUCCACUUAUGGUGGUCCACUAGGGUCAUUAGAUCCGUGAGACGUGGCCCAAUGAUAAGAGAUGCCGUUGGGUAGUUCGUCCAUGACAUCCCCAUCUCCAAGACCAAAGUUGUAUGUCUCGAGAAUUGAUCCCAAACUACUGGGUGGUCGAUGAACUACCAUACGUCGCCUCGUCUUGGUCUUCGACAGGGACCAGAAUGCGGUUAACGGAUAGGCGGGAUUUCCGCUGGCUUUUUUUUUUGGUUUUCAUUUUUGGUCCUCUAAUAAUACAUAGGCAUUUGCUCGAACCUUACCAUCUAAUAUCUACCCUCGUCUCACGUCCCAAUCCCAAUUUGUUUCAUCGCCUCAUAAUUUUCUUUUUUUCAAUUGACUGCUCACCUGCCCCCCAAAUUAUACGUCUUCGCGGACAAUUAUACACAAACACAUCCAAUUUUACACUCAUCUGAUUUAUAUUCCUUGUUCAACCCUCGGCCCGUUCAGACCUAUUAUAUUUUUAGAUGCCCCGUACCUAGAUCAUUGCCAUGGCCAAAAAGAAGAACGGUAAAAAGAAGAAUAAUAA